AUGCUGUCCAAUUCAAAGCUUUCCUUUUUUAAAAGGCUGGAAUCAAACAGAGAAGCUACAAGAAGAAGCUGUAAGCUUUGGUAGUAUAUCUCUGCCCAAUUAACGUAUUGGGUGGUUAGAUCUGUUGCUUUCCUUUUUCUUCUCCACGGGACAGAACUGAAGCAAUGAUGGAAAGGUUGGGACGCUUCUGUUUCCUUGCAGUUAUCUUCCUCUUCAUGGGUCUCUCUGUUUCUUCUUCUUCCUCUUCUGCCUCAUCAAUUUCAGGGGCGGGCCCUUCUUUCGGGCCCGGAAGGUUUUUUCUUUUUUUGCUACCUCUUUCCUCUUUUACUAAUUCCCUUUCUUGGGUGUGGGGUAAAUUUUGUAUGGAAUUUAAUUUUACGAAGCAAUUGCCUUUGAUUAUUUUAAUUAAGUAAGAUUGAUGAUGAUGAUAUAUAUGGUUACAGUCUGAGGUUGUUGUAGUUCUGUUUGUUGUAGGGUAGGAGAAUAGCUGUUCUACUUGUGCUAAUCAUAAAUAAUUAAUUAAGGGGGAUUUUUAUUUGUCUGACUGUAGGUCAGAAAAUUAAUAAAUAAAAAGACCAUCCUAAGGCAGAUUGAAUUGAAUCUAAUCCAAUCCUUAGGACAUGGGAUUGAGGAAUUCAUAUGAUAUGAUUAUGAAUAAGAGAAUAGCUCUCUCUUUCCUGCAGGAUCCUUCAAAUUGUGAGUUAAUAGUCUAUGGCUUGAAUUCGAUUUGAUAUUCAAUUCAUGUGUUUCCUUCCUUUUAAGUUGAUUUUGCAAUUUCCAUUGUAAGCAAUAAUAUAUUAACAUUCAUUAAUUCCUCAGCCCCUGGUUUUGUACUAAUUAAAAGUUAUAUGUUUGAUCCACUUAAUUACAAGUUGGGAUUGGUUGAUAACUUUAGACGCUAAUUAAUACAUAUAUGGUAAUGAGAUUCAUGUUUUACUGUCCCGGAUUGUUAAUGAAAUUAUUUCUUAUAUUAUUUUAUUAUAAGUGUUUUAGUAGAUUAAUAGGGCAAACUACACUUUUAAAGUAUGGUUUAUCCUAUAAAACAUUUUUUUGUCUGAUAAUUAUAGUCUAGUUUUGUUUAAUAUAUAUAUGGUAAUGGGAUUCAUGUUUUACUGUCCGGAUUGUUAAUGAAAUUAUUUUUUAUGU